AUGCUGGAUAUGAUGAACAAAAUGGCCGAACUCAAGUUCGAAGCGCCGCUGGCGCAGUUCGAGGAGUCGGACGAGUGGACGAAAAUGAUGGACGACGACUCGCCGCUGCAGCAGUCGGCUAAACACAACCUUCACAAUCACCAUCAUCAUCAUCAUCAUCAGGGAAACAGUCAACCGACUCCGGGUGGUGGUGUACGCGACGCGGAUGAGGAGCAACUGGACAACAUGCUGAGCAACAGCAGCAGGGCCCUGGAGCCGGCGAACAAGUCGUCGUGCACGCAGUGUGGAGCAAACAACAACAAUGUCGGUGUGGAGGUGACGACGUCCGACACGGACAAUUUCGGUGAGACAUUCAGCGGGUCUCUGGAAGACCUGGUGCAUACGUUCGACGACAAAAUCACUAGAUGCUUUUGCGAUUACGAGGAGUCCGUGGAGAAAUUAGCGCCGGUUCAGAUCAGGACUCAGGAAGAAAUAAUGAACGAAUGCCAGUGA